ACAGGAAUAUCGCUCUUCUCACUUAUCACACAGUCUGGUGAAAAUGGCGAUGCCGAGGGUGUUGUGUCGCGCUCGAUUUUGGUUAAACAACGAUCUUUCGGCAAUUUCCAAAUAUUCUUUUUUAUUAAACAGUGUUUCAAUAAACAAAUGUGCGCGUGUUAAAGUGGUUAGGCCGUUUAGGACUAACUUUUCAGUAAAUUUAGUAACAAAGCAGAAGAAUGAAAAAGACAAAACCUCAAGUUCCUCCUCAGACACUGAAACUGACUCUGAUUCGGAAGAAGAGGAAGUCACCGUAGAAUAUCAUCGAGGUCUGCCAAAAGUAACGAUUCCUCUUCCGAGUCGAAAGGAAAGAUGCAGUUUUAUCCUGAAACCGAUCUCAAAUACCGUUGGAGACUUUGUAGAAAUGGUAAAAAAUGAAGAUAAGGGCAUCGACAGGGUAGUUUGCACUGGAAAAGAUGGCACUCGAAUAGCGUCUUCCAAUUCAAUACAAGCACUAUUAGAUGAUGAUUUUAAGUUAGUAAUCAACGACUGUACGUAUAAUGUAAUAACUCCUAAAGAUGAAAGACUGACAGGCGACGAAAUGCAAGGCCUAAACGAUGUUAGAACUGUAGUAAAUAAAUUAUACGAAGUGCUACAUGUCCGAGAACAUCAAGUCACCAAAGAAAAAGAGCUUCUGAUGGAACUAGAAAAUCUGAAACAAGAAAUCACACCUUUAGAAAACGUAAAAAACGAAUUGGAAAUGGUGGCUGACAAAAGAAGCAACUGGUUAGCAUGGGCAGGGCUAGGAUUAAUGUCCGUCCAGUUUGGAAUCCUCGCACGACUCACUUGGUGGGAAUAUUCCUGGGAUAUCAUGGAACCCGUUACUUACUUUGUCACCUAUGGGACCGUUAUCGCCACCUACGCUUACUUCGUACUUACUAAAGAGGAAUAUAUUUUAAACGAUGUAAAAAAUAGGCAACAACUUUUAAUUAUGCACAAAAAAGCUAAAAAGCUGGGAGCAGACCUUGCUAAGUAUAACCAAUGGCAAUCCGAAAUUCACAAAAUCGAAUACAAAUUAAAUAAGCUUAGAAAUCCUCUUAAACUUCACUUACCCAAGAAAUCACCAAGUGUUGUUGAGGAUAAACCGAUAACACAACCGGAUAUUCAAAAACCUGCAACUAAUGUGGAACAACCGACAAAGAAAACUGAUGUUGAGCAAUGAUUACUGUUGGUUGAAGGAAGUUGUUGAACGACUUUUUUCUAAUAUUUAUUUUUAAUUUUUAGGCAACCCAUUAUUUCAAUACCUACUUUCCUUCAUUUCAUCGCUUUAGUAGGCAACUUAAUUUGUUCCCAUAAUAGAACAUUUUAAAGUGGUAAAUUUCCUCAAGACUUGAAUACUUAUUUAAGGAAAUACGCCGAAUUCACAAUUUAUACUGCCUUUAGAUUAAUUUACUCAAGAAAAGCUGAUAUUAAAGUAGUACACCGAUGUUGAGCAUAGUUGGCUAAGUACAUACUUGCAUACUUCACCAAUUAAAAGCUGAAUCUCCUCAAGGAAAAAUAAUGGCAUGAAUACAUAUUCGUUAACUACACCUCGCCCAAAGUAAUUGUUUGUAAAUACCUUAAAUAUUAUAAAAUGUGUUUA